ACUUGCUGCUUAGAAUUACAAUUGUUGGAGGAAUGCUGGCCUUCCAGAUUAAUUUUCUGGGCGUGGGAGAAAGUUCCACAUUGCGCCGGGGCUAGGCGAGGGAUCAGGUCUGCUCUCCUCAGAAAUCCCAACAGGGCAAGGCCCUGAAACGCCACAGCUGCAAUCUCCAUUUGGACACAGCUCUGCUUCUAUGCAUUCCUGGCCUAGAGAGUGACCCUGUUACACAAGCUUGAACACUGUAGGUCCUUUUUUUGGUGCAUGAAAUGGCCAACGUUACACAGAUAUCCAAAGAUGAACUAGAAGAACUCAGAGAGGCCUUUGCCAAAGUGGACCUCAACAGCAAUGGAUUUAUCUGUGACUAUGAACUGCAUGAGCUCUUCAAAGAAGCCAACUUGCCUCUUCCUGGCUACAAAGUGAGAGAGAUCAUUCAGAAGCUCAUGAUUGAUGGUGACAAGAAUAAAGAUGGAAGGAUCAGCUUUGAAGAAUUUGUUUACAUUUUUCAAGAGGUGAAGAGCAGCGACAUUGCUAAAACAUUCAGAAAAGCCAUCAACCGAAAAGAAGGCAUUUGUGCAAUCGGUGGGACAUCUGAGCUGUCUAGUGAAGGCACCCAGCACUCUUACUCAGAGGAAGAAAAAUACGCCUUUGUGAACUGGAUAAACAAAGCCUUAGAAAACGACCCAGACUGUAGGCAUGUCAUUCCAAUGAACCCAAACACAGAUGAUCUCUUCAAAGCAGUCGGGGAUGGGAUUGUUCUGUGUAAAAUGAUCAACCUUUCUGUUCCUGACACAAUUGAUGAAAGAGCAAUCAACAAGAAGAAGCUAACACCAUUCAUAAUUCAGGAGAAUUUGAACUUGGCUCUAAACUCAGCCUCUGCCAUUGGGUGCCACGUGGUCAACAUUGGAGCAGAGGAUUUGCGGGAAGGGAAGCCACACCUGGUCCUGGGACUUCUCUGGCAGAUUAUCAAGAUUGGCUUGUUUGCAGACAUAGAGCUCAGCCGAAAUGAAGCUUUGGCUGCUUUGCUUCGUGACGGGGAAACCUUAGAGGACCUGAUGAAACUGUCCCCUGAAGAGCUGCUCCUGAGAUGGGCAAACUUCCACUUGGAAAAUGCUGGGUGGCACAAAAUCAAUAACUUCAGCUCAGAGAUCAAGGACUCCAGGGCAUAUUUCCAUCUCCUGAACCAAAUUGCACCCAAAGGGCAGAAAGAAGGGGAGCCUCAAAUUGAUAUUAACAUGUCUGGCUUCAAUGAGAAAGAUGAUUUGAAGAGAGCUGAGUACAUGUUGCAGCAGGCAGACAGGCUGGGCUGCCGGCAGUUUGUUACUCCGGCGGACGUUGUCAGUGGCAACCCUAAGCUGAACCUGGCUUUUGUUGCAAAUUUGUUUAACAAAUACCCAGCGCUCACCAAGCCUGAGAACCAGGACAUUGACUGGACCCUGCUGGAAGGAGAGACCCGAGAAGAGAGAACAUUCCGCAACUGGAUGAACUCCCUUGGUGUCAAUCCACAUGUCAAUCACCUCUAUGGAGACCUGCAGGAUGCACUAGUGAUCUUACAGCUCUAUGAGAAGAUCAAAGUUCCUGUAGACUGGAAUAAAGUCAACAAGCCCCCUUAUCCAAAACUGGGUGCAAACAUGAAAAAGCUAGAAAACUGUAAUUAUGCUGUAGACCUUGGGAAGCACCCAGCGAAGUUCUCUCUUGUUGGCAUUGGUGGGCAGGAUCUCAAUGACGGAAACCCAACCCUCACGCUGGCUCUGGUGUGGCAGACGAUGAGAAGGUAUACCCUGAAUGUCCUUGAAGAUCUUGGGGAUGGCCAGAAAGCCAAUGAUGACAUCAUUGUCAGCUGGGUGAACAGGACCUUGAGAGAAGCAGAUAAAUCAAGUUCCAUUCAGAGCUUUAAGGACAAGUCGAUUAGCAGUAGCUUGGCAGUUGUGGAUUUAAUCGAUGCUAUUCAACCUGGUUGUAUAAAUUAUGACCUUGUAAAGACGGGAGAUCUAUCGGAGGAAGACAAACACAGUAACGCCAAGUAUGCUGUGUCGAUGGCUAGAAGAAUUGGCGCCAGAGUCUACGCUUUGCCCGAAGACCUUGUAGAGGUGAAGCCCAAGAUGGUGAUGACAGUGUUUGCCUGCUUGAUGGGCCGAGGAAUGAAGAGAGUUUAAAACCAGGCUCCACACCAAAGCACCCAAGCCUCCCACCUCCCCCCUGGCUCGUGUCUUGCAAGAUCAGCUGUUUUCAGCCUGAAAUGCUGUCGGCCCUAAAGAACUGUCCAAGUGGUUGUUUGUUUUGUUUGUUUGUUUUUAAGAAAAGGACUCUUGAGAGUUUUGCUUUGCAAGGGAGGGAUGCAGUGGGGAUUCCUGGGGAAAGGGGAGGGUUAACUCACAGCACCUUUCUUUCCGUGAGUUCCAAGUUGCCUUGAUGCUUCCUUGUUGGGUUUGUUUUCUCACGUGCCCAGCAAAAUGCAUCUAAAUCAGAACAGCUUCCUGGAGCAGCCUGCCAGAACGGUGACCAAAACUUUCUUCCCCCAGAUGCUCAAUUAUCUGGUGGGCUGCUGGAGGUGGCUGGCAUCGCUCUUCAGAAUGACACAUCUCACUCUUCUGCUUUUAAAAAUUAAAACAAGGAUUUAUUUUACAAAAAAAAAAAAAUCUCAUGGUCCAAGCACGUGAUAUGAGUUUCCAUUGAAUUUGCUGCCACUCGGUCGGUGCAAAGGCCAUAGCUAAGGCUGUGACUUAAGCCACGUUCUGUGCUGCAAAAAAUUAGAACUCUGUGGCCUGCAUGCUGGAUUUGAAUCAGGCCAUUGCAUAAUUUCUAUUUUGCAUAACUUAUUCUGCAAUUUUAACUAGUUUGCUUAAUUUAGUCAUGGGGAGCUAUGCAAGACCUUGAAGCUCACCCCCCCCCCCACCACACACACGUUACUGUUACAGAAACAGGAAAUCUUAUCAUGCCUCCUUUGGAGCUUCUGAGAUUCCAAGUGGACAUCACCCACUCACUUCCAAACUAUCUUUAGAGCCACAAGGAGUAGAAACGUAAAUAAUUGAAGCCUUGAUUCUCAGAAAGUCAAGUUGUGUGCCCAAUAAUUACAUUCUUUGGAUUGUCUGCAUGCUUGCAGUGACUCAGCAUGUGCAUAGUUUUGGCAAUGGCACAGAUGUCCAAGGGUAUAAAGUGUGAGUGUGUAUGGGGGGGGGGGAAUACUUCCAAAGAUCAGUCUUCCUGCAGUAUUCUUCAUUCAUGGUGCUGCUCUUUUCCUCUGUACAGCCUAACGAUAUUUUGAUUACUUUACAGACAAGCAUAGCCAGUUUAUUUUUGCUAUGUCCUUUUUAUAAAAAAAAAAGUUCUUUGUGUGAGAAGUAUCACCUUCCAAGGCUACUGCAUUGCCAAUGGCUUAAUUCAGAGAACUGCAGUUUUGUUUUUGUACCGUAGCUUGUUUGCUGAGACAAUUUCCCCCCCUUUUUUCCAGGAUCUGCACGAAAACCCCUUGUUAACUUGGGGGAGGGGGGGUUAAUUAUUUAAAGUGCUAUUAGAAGUAUGUGAAACUGUAUGAGAAGCGUUUGAUGGAUGGGACCAGGCCAGCUCCACAAACCAGUAUCUUGAAGAACGGAAUGUGCUGAGACUAAGAAAGUAUUUUUUUAUAAAUAAAAAGGAAUUGUUGUCACCAAAGAGAAAAAAAAGGCAUUUUAUCCAUAGGAGCAAGUGUACUUUGGCUUUAGCAAGCUGUUAGCUAUCCUUCAGGCCCUGUUGCUCUUCCUGGAUCUUCCAAGCAAUGUAAUAUGAUGGCAAGAAGAAUAGAUGAAAUAAAAUCAUUUUAAUAAGGCCAA